GGAUUCUAUUCUCAAGAUAUAUCUCAGGAAUUGAAUCUUCCUUCGUUUGAGAAAGGUGAUGUGAUUUUGGUAACUCGAAAAUUUCAAAUUGUUGACUAUAUGGAUGAAAAUUAUUCAGCAUUUGCUCUGCAUUUAAUGCGUAUAACUGAGAUUAUUAAAAAGAAUUUGAUUCUAUAUAUUAAUGGCAAGCUUAUAUUAUAUGAGAAUGCUAACUAUGUUUAUGUUAAAUCUUUAUCCUUUCCAGAUAGUCAAAAAAAGGAAUUAAAUCUUUCUGUACCACUUCCGUGGAGAUCUGAAGCUUCAGUUGAACCAAAUAAAUCACCUGUUGUUAAAACAAUAGCAACAAGAGUAAAGAACCUUCUUUCUUAUUGUAAAUAA